UGCCAGCUGGCCUAUAUAAGAGGAGGACAAAGGCGGCGCGCCGCCUGUGUCAUCCGCCAUCUUGUGUGAAGCAAGGUGGCCUCCACGGUCCCUGAGCGUCUCCUCCGGGUCUGCCUCGACCGCCCCUUGAUCACAGACAUGUCUCGGGACCGGUUCCGGAGCCGUGGCGGUGGCGGUGGCGGCUUCCACCGGCGCGGAGGAGGCGGUGGCCGCGGCGGCCUCCACGACUUCCGCUCCCCGCCACCCGGCAUGGGCCUCAAUCAGAACCGCGGACCCAUGGGUCCCGGCCCGGGCCAGGGUGGCCCCGAGCCCCCGAUCCCGCCACCGCCUCCCCACCAGCAACAGCAGCAGCCACCGCCGCAGCAGCCGCCACCACAGCAGCCGCCGCCGCCGCUUCAGCCGCCACCACAUCAGCCGCCGCAUCAGCAGCCUCCGCCGCCACAGGACUCGUCCAAGCCCGUCGUUCCUCAGGGACCCGGCCCGGCUCCCGGAGUGGGCAGCGCUCCGCCGGCCUCCGGCUCGGCACCGCCUGCUACUCCUCCGACCUCCGGCGCCCCUACGGGGCCUGGCCCCAGCCCGACCCCGCCGCCCGCAGGGCCCGAAAGGCGGCAAGAUGCCAGGCGGCCCAGCCCUCCUGGCGGCGGGGACCCGCGGAGGCCGGCAGCGCCCCCCGCCCUACCCCCAGCAGCAGCACCAGGGGCCCCCAGCCGGCGGCAGGGCCCAGGACCCGGAGGCCCGAAAGGCGGCAAAAUGCCAGGCGGGCCGAAGCCCGGCGGCGGCCCGGGCCUAAGCACUCCUGGCGGCCACCCCAAGCCGCCGCACCGAGGCGGCGGGGAGCCCCGCGGAGGCCGGCAGCACCACCCGCCCUACCACCAGCAGCACCACCAGGGGCCCCCACCCGGCGGGCCCGGCGGCCGCAGCGAGGAGAAGAUCUCCGACUCAGAGGGGUUUAAAGCCAACUUGUCUCUCUUGAGGAGGCCUGGAGAGAAAACUUACACUCAGCGUUGUCGGUUGUUUGUUGGGAAUCCACCUGCUGAUAUCACAGAGGAUGAAUUCAAAAGACUAUUUGCUAAAUAUGGAGAACCAGGAGAAGUUUUUAUCAACAAAGGCAAAGGAUUUGGGUUUAUUAAACUUGAAUCUAGGGCAUUGGCUGAAAUUGCCAAAGCUGAACUUGAUGAUACACCCAUGAGAGGUAGACAGCUUCGGGUUCGCUUUGCCACACCUGCUGCUGCCCUCUCCGUCCGAAAUCUUUCACCUUAUGUUUCCAAUGAACUGUUGGAAGAAGCCUUUAGCCAAUUUGGUCCUAUUGAAAGGGCUGUUGUAAUUGUGGAUGAUCGUGGAAGAUCUACAGGGAAAGGCAUUGUGGAAUUUGCUUCUAAACCAGCAGCAAGAAAAGCCUUUGAAAGAUGCAGCGAAGGUGUUUUCUUACUGACAACAACUCCUCGUCCAGUCAUUGUGGAACCACUUGAACAAUUAGAUGAUGAAGAUGGCCUUCCUGAAAAACUUGCACAGAAGAAUCCAAUGUAUCAAAAGGAAUAUUCUCAGCGAUGGAAAUCCCUGGAUGAAAUGGAAAAACAGCAAAGGGAACAAGUUGAAAAAAACAUGAAAGAUGCAAAAGACAAAUUGGAAAGUGAAAUGGAAGAUGCCUAUCAUGAGCAUCAGGCAAAUCUUUUGCGUCAAGAUCUGAUGAGACGCCAGGAAGAAUUAAGACGCAUGGAAGAACUUCACAAUCAAGAAAUGCAGAAACGUAAAGAGAUGCAACUAAGGCAAGAAGAAGAACGACGUAGAAGGGAAGAAGAGAUGAUGAUUCGUCAGCGUGAAAUGGAAGAGCAAAUGAGACGCCAAAGAGAGGAAAGUUAUAGCCGGAUGGGCUACAUGGAUCCAAGAGAAAGAGACAUGAGAAUGGGUGGUGGAGGAGCAAUGAACAUGGGAGAUCCCUAUGGUUCAGGAGGCCAGAAAUUUCCACCUCUAGGUGGUGGUGGUGGCAUAGGUUAUGAAGCUAAUCCUGGAGUCCCACCAGCAACAAUGAGUGGUUCCAUGAUGGGAAGCGACAUGCGUACUGAGCGCUUUGGGCAGGGAGGUGCGGGACCUGUGGGUGGACAGGGUCCUAGAGGAAUGGGGCCUGGAACUCCAGCAGGAUAUGGUAGAGGGAGAGAAGAGUAUGAAGGCCCAAACAAAAAGCCCCGAUUUUAGAUGUGAUGUCUAGGUUUUCAUUCCAGUUUGUUUUUGUCUUUUCUUGUUUAGAUACCAAUCUUUUAAAUUCUUGCAUUUUAGUAAGAAAGCUACCUUUUUAUGGAUGUUAGCAGUUUAUUGACCUAAUAUUUGUAAAUGGUCUGUUUGGGCAGGUAAAAUUAUGUAAUGCAGUGUUUCAAACAGGGGAAU